AUGGUGCCCCGCUGUCCCCGCGCGCUCCUGCUGCUGCUGCUGCUGCUGCUCGCCGGCCCCGCGUCGCGGGCUUCCCAGAACUGUCUCAACAAACAGCAGCUCCUCACGGCCAUCCGCCAGCUGCAGCAGGUGCUGAAGGGCCAGGAGACGCGCUUCGCCGAGGGCAUCCGCAACAUGAAGAACCGGCUGGCUGCACUGCAGAACUCUGUGAACAGAGUGGGCCCAGACACCCCCCCAGUUUCCUGCCCUGCUCUGAACGCCCCUCUGGAUGGCAGAAAGUUUGGAAGCAAGUACUUAGUGGAUCACGAAGUCCAUUUUACCUGCAACCCUGGCUUCCGGCUGGUUGGGCCCAGCAGCGUGGUGUGCCUUCCCAACGGCACCUGGACGGGGGAGCAGCCCCACUGCAGAGACAUGAGCGAAUGCUCCAGCCAGCCUUGUCAGAAUGGCGGCACGUGUGUAGAAGGAGUCAGCCAGUACAAAUGCAUCUGUCCUCCCGGGAAGACGGGGAGCCACUGUCAGCACCAGGCCCAGACAGCCGCCCCGGACGGCAGCGUGGCCGGCGACCCCGCCUUCAGCCGCGCGCCGCGCUGUGCGCAGGUGGAGCGGGCGCAGCACUGCAGCUGCGAGGCCGGAUUCCACCUGAGCGGCGCCGCCGCGGGCGACAGCGUCUGCCAGGAUGUGAAUGAAUGCGAGCUCUACGGGCAGGAGGGACGCCCCCGGCUCUGCAUGCACACCUGUGUGAACACCCCGGGUUCCUACCGCUGUGCCUGCCCCAGCGGGUACCGGACCAUGGCCGACGGGAAGAGCUGUGAGGACGUCGAUGAGUGUGUGAGCCCCCAGCACGUGUGUCCCCAGGGAACCAUGUGCAUCAAUACCGGUGGAGGCUUCCAGUGCGUCAGCCCGGAGUGCCCCGAGGGCAGCGGCAACGUGAGCUACGUGAAGACGUCUCCGUUCCAGUGUGAGCGAAACCCCUGCCCCAUGGAGAGCAGACCGUGCCGCCACUUGCCCAAGACCAUCUCCUUCCAUUACCUUUCUCUGCCCUCCAACCUGAAGACGCCCAUCACGCUCUUCCGCAUGGCUACGGCCUCAGCCCCCGGCCGACCCGGACCCAACAGCCUGCGGUUUGGGAUCGUGGGUGGGAACAGCCGAGGCCACUUUGUGAUGCAGCGCUCAGACCGGCAGACGGGGGAGCUGAUCCUCGUCCAGACCCUGGAGGGGCCUCAGACGCUAGAGGUGGACGUCGACAUGUCAGAAUACCUGGACCGCUCCUUCCAGGCCAACCAUGUGUCCAAGGUCACCAUCUUUGUGUCCCCUUAUGACUUCUAAGGCAGCUGUGGGAUCACUGCGGUGCAGAGAUCUGGGCUCAUCUCUCUUCCUCAGAGAUUCAGCUGUGGGCCCUGACUGCCACAGACCUCUCUCCCCACCCUGCCCUGCCCCUGCCCUGUCCUUGCCCACCUGCCCACCUGCCUGUGCCCCCAGGUUUCUAGGGCACUGCGCACACUCCUCCAUGGAGUGGCACAGAAGGGCAGCCACAGGACCCAGACUGCUGCCAUCACCGUUUUCUUUCUGCUUUA